GAUACUUAGAAAACAGGAAACGCUGCAGCAGCAGCAGCAGCAGCUACAUGGAGAUAUUAUGUAAUGAGCUGUUUUUUUUUCCUUUUUUCCCGGUGAAGGCGGAGGAAGGCCCCUCGUGUUGUUCUGGGGCUACUCUGGCCUCAGCUCUGGCCUCAGCUCUAUGCCCAGUCAUGUCCGCUCUCUCUCUCUCUCUGGGGUCACGUGUGUUGGUGACAGCCCGAGCGGCCUCCUCUGAUUGGCCGAGCCGAACAACAGGCCCGGCCCCUCCGAUAGGCUGCCCUCGGUGACGUCACGCCGAUCAGCUGUUGAGGCUCCACAACAACAACAAAAGAAGGAGCAGCCAGUCGGGAGGAAACGGAGUGAAAAAGCUGCACAGUGGACCCUUCUCCCGACCCGCAGGGCUACAAGUAACACUUUUAUCUUUUAUUUCUUCCGAGAAGAAACCCUCACUUUUUAUAUUGUCCUGAAAAAGCAACGUUUCUACCUCAUUUUUCAAGGAUUUAAAAAAAAAACCAACCGUUUACAUCUCUUCUUGUCCGCCGCAGGGCUCCUUUUCUCCUCCUUCACUCAGAGAUCUCCUCCUCUCCGUUAAACGAUGUCCAGCUUGUGUCUGCUGCCCCUCAGAUGAUCCAGGACCCAACCUUUAUUGAUGCACUUUAGCACCUUUCCGGAGCUUCCCGCCAGCCGCCAACCCCGCAGCUGAUGACCAAAGUGUGCGCCACGCCUCCUCCCCGCCGUCGCCCCGAGCCACGCGCCUCCUCCUCCUCCUCCCCCCGGCCCCUCCCCCCUCAGCCUCAGGCCCCGCCCACACCGCGCCCCGCCAUGUUCCAGAGGUUCGCCAGCGCUCUGUUCGGGGACGAGGUGGAGGAGCUGAGUCGAUGCAGCAGACCCAGAGACGGCAAGGAGGAAGAGGAGGAGGAGGAGGAGGAGGACUGGAUCCUGGUCAACUACCUGGCUGAAGCCUGCUCCUCCCAGUGUGGAGACGGCCUCUCUGGAUCUGCUGCCGCUCCCCAGGAGGAGGAGGAGGAGGAGGAGGAGGAGGACCUGGUGAUGAUCCCGUCCCCCAUGGCCAGCCCCCCGCUCCGCUACGCCUCCUGCACCUCCCUCAACUCCACCGCCGACACCGACCCGGACGGCGGGGCGGAGGAAGAGGAGGAGGAGGAGGAGGAGGACACCGAGGAGGAGGAGGAGAGCGGGUUCCUCCGGCUGGACGCCUGCUCCCUGGAGGAGAGCUGGUUCGUGACGCCGCCGCCGUGCUUCACGGGGGGGCGUGGCCUCCAGCCGGUGCUCCUGGAGACCAGCCCCCUGGAGAACCUGCUGAUCGAACACCCCAGCAUGUCGGUCUACGCCCACCACAGCCCCCCCCGGCUGACCCUUGACCCCCGGCCCCGCUCCCUCGACCUGGAGCUGGAGCUGGAGCUGGGCCUCCUGCCGGGGAGCGCCGCGCCCUCCGCCGGCAAGGAGAAGGGCCGCCGCACGCUGGACGGGCCUCGCCACAGGCCGGAGGUGGCGGUCGUCCAGCGCCGCUCCAGCCUCCACUCGGCCUGCUACGCCGCGGCGCUCUCCGCCCGCGCCGGCCUCCUGCAGCAGCGCGCGGGUGGCGGCGGCGCCCAGCGCGCCCAGCCGCUGUCCCGUAACGCCCUGCGCCGCAUCAACCUGCUGCGCCCGCCCAAGGCCAGCAGCACCGUGCACCUGCACCAGCCCAGCCAGAGACACCUCAACUUCUGAGGCGUCCAUCAUCAUCAUCAUCAUCCUCCUCCUCCAUCCGACCCUGGCCGCCUCCAGAAACCAACACCAGCAACAAGUCGCCAGCCAGCAGUGACACCGAUCCAUCCGACGGUGAAACAGGGAAAGUGGCUGGUGGCUUUUAUUAUUUUAUCCUCUCAGGUGGCCAGUUGGGGAGAAGUUUCUCCUCUUCCUCUUCCUCCUUUCCCAUCCAUCCAUCCAUCCAUCCAUCCAUCCGUCCAUCCUUCAUUUACUGAGAAAAGAAAAGGUCAUCAUGAGUCCCCAACCCCCCAUCCACUGGACCAGUUUGUGUCCAAUCAAACCUUCUCUCUCUCUUUUCUUCUUCUUCUUCUUCUUCUUCUUCUUCUUCUUCUUCUUUAUGGACAACUUAAUGUGUAGAAUCAAUGCUGUAGGUCACUUUACUCGGCGGCAGGUUCACAGCGGUGCAGGAUGUCCUGGUGAUGUCACAGUUGUUGUGCUUUUUCUGGUGGCAACACUUAUUUUUUUUGUGCAACGUGACAAUAGGACACAUUCGGGAAUAUUUCAUAUCCCGAAUCAGGUUUAAUCAGUGCAGGAGAGCUGUGAGAGCUGCACAAACAAAAAAAGUUUCCGGCAGUGACGAGAGAGUUCUGAAACGAUGAGCUUUAAAGGAAAAAUCCCCUCAGAUUAACUGGCAAAUUCCUACAUUUCCCAGAAUGCUGUUUUGACGUCCACCACAAGAAAACAAGUCAAUUAAAGGGACGUUCGUCUAAAAUGACCAGUUAAAGUCAUCAAGGGCUCAUUAUGAGACUCACAGUUGUUUGAUAAACUGUGUGAGACAAGAUUGUCCUGUUGCAUUAUGGGAAAUGUAGGCUCCUUUUUGUGGUCUUGGCUGCAAUAUCGGCCGCUUUGUCUUCAUUUGUCUGAUGUCAGUCCUUUCUUUUAGUACCGGUUUAAAUAUAAAAUAUUCAAAUCUUUUAACUGCAACAGUUUACAACAAGACAUUUACUCCACAUCCAUUUAAAUGUAAAGGUUUUGUAAAGUUCUGAAACUAAGAGCUUUAAAGGAAAAAUCCCCUCAAAUGAGUUCCUACAUUUCCCAGAAUGCUUUUUUGACUUCCACCACAAGAAAACAAGUCAAUUAAAGGGACGUUCAUCUAAAAUGACCACUUAAAGUCAUCAAGGGCUCGCUAUGAGACUCACAGUUGUUUGAUUGAGGCUCUAGUGAAAAGAGUAUGUCCAGGUGCAUUGUGGGAAAUGUAGGCUCCUUUUUUGGAGUUUGACGUGACUGAAACUUCAGGAUAUCUGGCGGCCGAUUUGUCUUCACCUGUCUGAUGUCGGUCCUUUCUUUUUGUACCUGUUUGAAUAUAAAGAUUCAAAGCUUUUAGCAGAAACAAGACAUUUACUCCACAUCCAUUUACAUGUAAAGGUUUUGUAACGUGGCGUGAAAAUGCCACUUUCACAGAGUUUCUCUGUGAAACUGGAGGGUGUAGAGACUGGAAACUGAGAGAGUUUCAUGAGUCAAACCCUUCCUGUCCUGUAGCUGCUGCUUAUUUCUGCUUCUGUGGGUUUAGACGUUCAUUUCUAGUUGCUUUCAAUCCCUAAUUCUGAAGGAAUUCACCUUGUGAUGUAGGGCUGGGCAAUAUAUCGGUAUAACGAGUUAUACCCAUGUAUUCUAGAAAGAGAUAUGUAGUUGGGACAUACCGAUAUAUAAUAUCUUUUGAUUUUUCCUGAACUUAUGACCGCUUUUUGUUGCAGCCAUUUGCUCUUUCGGAUUGCAUAAAGAGCAACAUGACGUUGUUUCCAAAUCGCUUCAAAAGGUGGAAGGUUUAGAACCUGAUAAGGUCUUUAAAUAAAACAGGUUGGUGAUAAUUACUGGUGGCGUUGAGUUAAAACCAAACACUUUGCACAUUUUGUUUAAAAUACCAAUAUACUGUCUAUCUUAUAUCACCAUUUGGCCCUAAAAAAUACUGGGAUAUGAGUUUUCAUCCAUAUCGCCCAGCCCUAUCAUGACUUCAUGAUGUCCUUGUUGAGUUUUGAUGGGAUUUUCCUUCCUUGCAGUGUUUGAACAAAAGGUGUAAGGUUUUGAACACAUUUUAGCUUUAAAAUGGUUUUAAAAUACCAUUAUAUAUCGCCUUUCGGCCUAAAAAUACCGGAAUAUGACUUUUCGUCCAUAUCGCCCAGCCCUAUUAUGACUAUCCUUGUGUUGCUGGAUAUCCUUGAGUUUUGAUUGGAUUUUUCAUUAAUUUUUAUGACAGAUUCAGUGUUUUUAAGAAAGCAGUGAUUCUUUAAGAUACUAGAGUUCUGGUACCCAACCUGGACCCAACCGGUCCCAACACAGUGUUGGUGUUAAGUAUAAAACUUUGGGCUUGGGUUGAGUUAAAGAUGUCUUUGGGUCUUUUUGAGACAUUUUAACUGGGAAAAGUUAAUAUAUAUAUAGUAAAUAUAUAUAUAUAGUAUAUCGCCCAGCCCUAUUGUGACGUAAUUUUGUGUUGCUGGAUGUCCAUGUUGAGUUUUGAUGGGAUUUUUCCUUCUUUUUGUGUUUAAACUCUCUAAAGUCUCGUCGUUUUUAAAAACUGGUCCUGCGCCGCCGGCCGAACCUGCCUCUGACUCUGUAAUUCAGUACUUUUCACAAUAUUUUUUUUUUGUUUGAAAACAAGAAAGAAAAAAAAACAGAAAAGAAAAAAAAAGACGGUAAAAAUUACUGGGUUAAAUAUCACUAAAUGCCUUGUUUUAACGGUAGCUUUGAGAUGAAUAGAAAUGUAAGAGAAAAAAACAAAAAUGUAUUUAAAGGAAAAAAAAACUUCCAAAAUAUUUUUUUUUAAAAAGAAAAAAACAGAUUACAUAUCAGUAUGAAGUUGGUAUAUCUGGUUGUGUGCUGACGUUGUGUUGCAUGGUUGUAGAGUUGUGUUGUUGGAAAACUAGAAAAUGGAAAAAGAAUUUUUUUUAUUAUUAUUAUUAUUAUUAUUUGUUUGUUCUUAAAUGAAUCUGCAGUCUACUUCUCAGGGUCACAACCAAUCACCUUUACUCUUUAGGAAAAAUGCAGAUUUACUUGACGUGUGCUCGGACUUUUUCCAGCUCUGUCCCGGCGAGCUUUCCCUCGUGAAAAUGUUUGUGAGAAAAACUUUUAUCUUCUUGGUCCCAGGACUGUGAAAAAAAAAAAGACUGUUGGAAAUCCAUCAAAAUGGAGAGAAACUGUUGGGCUUUUUUUCAGCGAUGUUUAUAUUUGACCUAAUCAUGUAUGACUUUAUGCUUUUUAACUGUUUUUUUUCCAUGUUAACUUAGUUACAUUUUGUUCAAAUAUUUAAACCAAAAAAGUAGCAAUGAUCUUUUAACCUUUCACUAGUUUAUAAUACUGAUUUUUUUGGGUUGUUUUUGUUGUUUAACUUUGACAUGUUUGUUAAGAAGCGCUCGGCGUCGGAGCUCUGAAGCAGCAGACUGCUUUAUAAUGUUUGAUGCGUCUGCUGCUGGUGGGAGAGACGAGCCCGAGCCGAGACGCCACGAUGUCCGUCACAGAGACACCGAGACACAUUUCUGUCAGGAACAACAUCAACAUGAACUGUCGGGACUUAGGAAAAUAAAAGCAUGCAGAGUGAGUAAAAAAAAACAGACGAAAAGACAAAAUUAUCACCGUUUAAAGCCUAAAUAAUCAGAUCCUCAUUCCAAGAAAUGAACAUGGGAUCAUCAAUACCAGAAAUUAAAGAUAUUGUGAUACAUUUCAGGAUUAUUUCUACGACAUUCAAACAAUUUUUAGCUGGAUUGGAUAUCCGUUAUUAAAUAUUUACCGUUAUAUAUAUAUAUAUAUAUAUUUAUAUAUAUAAAGUAGAGCUUCGUCUGCGUAAGAUAUGAUCUCAUUUUCACAUUUACAGUCAUGGAAAAAAUGAAUAGACCACCCUUGUUUUCUUCAAUUUCUUGUUCAUUUUAAUGCCUGGUUCAACUAAAGGUUCAUUUGUUUGGACAAAUAUAAUGGUAACAACAAAAAUAGCUCAUAAGAGUUUAAUUUUAGAGCUGAUAUCUCGACAUUUGACAUGGUUUUCUUCAGAAUGAUUUUGGUUAUUAUCCAGAAAACCAUGGAAAAUCUUCCAGCUGUGCUCAUGCUCAGGUGUUUUAAUGAUCAAUCAGCCUUUCAACACUAUAAACGUGGAUUAACACAAUGUGCCACUGGAACACAGGACAAUAUAUAAUAGAUAUUUCAUAAGAAAAUCAGCCGUUUCCAGCUUUUAUAGUCAUUUACCGUUUCUCUACACUGUAUGUCUGUUAUUUUCGUUUUUAAAAAAUUCUGCUUUUCUUUCAAAAACAUGGACAUUUUGAAGUGCCCCUUAACUUUUGAGCGGUAAAAUCCAUAAAAUCUGACCUUUUUAUCUCGUGAUUUUGACCUGUGUCAAACUACAGUUUUUACUUACUAAUUCAUCAUUCAAAUUUGAACUAAUGCAGCCAAUUUUUCAGCAAAAAAAAAGUCUUAAUUUUGAGUUAUUGAGGCAGAUUACCUCUUUAACUUUGACUCACUGUGAGAACUUUUGGAUGAUUCCUGACUUCAUCAUGUUUGCUUGUGUUCCUGACAGAAGUGGAGACUUCCACAGAGAAUCUUAACUCUUUCUGAUGAUCUCAAAACGUGCGAAAAAGGCCAAAAAGAGCUUCACGUUUUGUUGAUUUAUCCGAGAAUAAAGAAUUGAACCUCAGUGACUUUAAACACACACAGUAACAGUGAAUGACUGAAAUAGGUUUAAGUCGUUGUAGAGGUUCAGGGAGCGGAGAGCAGUAUAAACACAGAGGGGAAAAAAAUAGAUUUUACCGCUCAGUGAAGAUUUGUGAUGGAUGUUUUUUUUACACCUGACGUCAGUUUGUCUCUGUGAUGUUUGUUGACGCGACGUUAGCAUUAUUAAUUAAGAAAAGCACUAACAAACGUUUGUUAGGCGUCUGUACGGUUGGCUGUAAAUAAUCCUGUAGUUGAGUGAUUCUCUCUGGUGUAUUUAAGCUUUUAUCUGAUUUGUAGAAUCUCGCUCUCUCACUCUCGCGCUCUCUCUCGCGCUCUCUCUCGCAAUCUCACUCGAGCUCUCACUCUGUCUCUCUCACUCUCUUGCGAUCUCACUCGCUCUCUCUCUCUCACACUAAUUCUUUCACUCGCGCUCUCAUUCGAGCGCUCUCACUCUGUCUCUCUCUCUCGAGCUCUCACUCUGUCUCUCUCACUCUCUUGCGAUCUCACUCACUCUCUCUCUCACACUAAUUCUUUCACUCGCGCUCUCAUUCGAGCGCUCUCACUCUGUCUCUCUCUAUCUCGAGCUCUCACUCUGUCUCUCUCACUCUCUUGCGAUCUCACUCGCUCUCUCUCUCUCACACUAAUUCUUUCACUCGCGCUCCCAUUCGAGCGCUCUCACUCUGUCUCUCUCUCUGCUAUCGAGCUUUGCAAUCACGGACGAUGUUAUUGUGUUGUUUUUUUUAAAAAGGCGAACUUAAAGACAGAAGGGAUGGGACAGUGAUGAUCUGUCUCCUCCUGCUGUCAGGAGCCUUUUGUUUCUUUUUAUUCUUCUUCUUAUUUUUCAUAUUUAGUUCUCAGUUCAUCUCUCCAUCAUCAGACUAACAGGGAUUUGUAAUGUUUUUGUUCAAUGCCUUGAAAUUUGUGGAUCUCGUGCCUUCCAGGUUAAAAUGUUGUAAUGACAAUGCAUCAAUGAAGAACUUGAACUCCCUUUAUUUUUGUUUGUUUUACGUCCCGAGUGGACGUAAUGACUAAAAAACACACAAACGGACAUCAGAAACCAACUAUGCACCACUCGGAGGAGGCGUGUCGCCCACUCACACACCCAGCUUUUUAUAAUGACUCAACAAACCAGACAGAAUGAUGUAGCAAAACCUCUUUUCUCCUUGUUUUAUUUUUAAAAAAAAUAUGUGUGUGAAGAAUAUUUGUGGCAUUUUUAUUUUUCACCAAGUGUUAGACAUUUAUUUGCUUUAUUUUUUUGUUUGUGUAGUUUACUGGAAUAAUACAGCACUUUGCCAAAAAGGAAAAAAAAGGUGUAGGAAUUUUAGGGUUAACUUUUUAUUUAUCAACAUAACUGGUCUCCAUCUUUGUAUUUUGGUUGUAUGACAGAUCAAUUCACUCUGUUCUGAUGUUAAAAAAAAGAAGAGAAAAGCUAAUUGAAAAGUGGGGUCAUCUGUUUUCGAACUGUAAUAGUUAAUACAUGUGAUCUCUCAUUAGCCUAUAAUAAAUGUUUUCAUACGCAAAG